CCUAUGGGGUGAGCCGUACAAAAGAGGAUUUUUUUGUGACGACGAAUCACUAAAACAUCCAUACCAUGAUUCUACUGUAACCAAUGUCAUGCUCUACCUGGUCGGACUAUUGUUUCCAGUAUCAAUGAUGGUGUGCGUAGAAAUAUUCAGGGCGCGAGGAUGCUCGAGAUCAUCGCGGACUGGACGGAUACUCGGCCACCAAUUGCCCGCUUGGCUGUGGAGCAGUUAUUGCGCCAUUGGAACUUUUGCCUUCGGAGUCGCCUGCUCCCAAUUGACGACAGAUAUCGCUAAAUACAGCAUCGGGAGGCUGAGACCACACUUUUUCGAUGUAUGCCGGCCAGACGUCGAUUGUACGCAACCUUCAAAUUUCAACCGAUAUAUAGAGAAUUUCGAAUGUCUGGCAACUAACAAGAGACUGAUAAAGGAAAUGCGUUUGUCAUUUCCUUCUGGACAUUCGUCGUUUUCGGCCUACACGAUGCUCUAUUGCGUGAUGUAUCUUCAAGCUCGCAUGUCUCGGCGCGGCGCUUAUCUCGUCCGAAAUUUCUUGCAAUUUUUACUCCUGAUGAUGUUCUGGUACACUGCUUUGUCCAGGAUUUCGGACUACAAGCACCAUUGGAGUGACGUACUAGCUGGAUCACUGCUAGGCAUGACUGUCGCUAUCGUUACGCGAUUAUGGAUAUUUAAUAUUACUAACAAUGGAUUACUUGAUACAGAAUUGUAUGGGUCUUGUACUCCUAAUGAAAAGUCUCCACUGAUUCCAUAAUAGGGUGCGGUGGACAGCCGUGGGCCACAGGUUGUAGUGGGUCAUCCGAAUAACCUUAAGACUAGAGACAUGUACUAUGUCGAACUGCACACAUAAUCAUCAUAUUUCGAUACUUACUCAAUUUUGAAAAGCAUUUGGAGGUUAUAAACCUACUAUCGCG